AUGAAGACCAAGAACCAGCCUCCCCGGCGGCGGACGCCACUGCAGGACACCGAGGCCAGCCUGGGGGAGCGGACGCUCGACGUGUCCCAGCAGGGCUCGGGGCCAGAGUUGUCCAAGGGUCUUCGGAGCAGGACGACCCGAGCUGCAGGGACGCGGGCUGAGGCCGGGCGACGGAGACAGGGCCCCGGGGGCCGGAGGGACAACAGUGUCCAGAGGCGACUGGAGAGCAACGAGCGGGAGCGUCAGAGGAUGCACAAGCUCAACAAUGCCUUCCAGGCCCUGCGCGAGGCCAUCCCGCACGUGCGUGCCGACAAGAAACUCUCCAAGAUCGAGACCCUCACGCUGGCCAAGAACUACAUCAAGUCCCUGACCGCCACCAUCCUGACCAUGUCCAGCAGCCGCUUCCCAGACCCCGCUCCGGGCUCCAAGCUCUACCAGCAUUACCACCAGCAGCAGCAAGCCACCGGCGGCGCGCUCGGGGACACUGAGGCCCAGCCUCAGGGCCACCUGCAGCGGUACUCCACACAGAUCCAUAGCUUCCGAGAGGGCAGCUAG